AGGGCAGAGAAGGAAAAGAAAAGAGACAGGAGAGCUAGGAAAAGGGGAUGACAGAGGAGACAAGGGCUGCUCGCCCCACCAGUGCAGCAGACAGAGAUCAAGGAGAGGGAUACUGAGGCAAUGAGGGAGACCAGAACCCCUGCCCCAAAUAGGAGGGAAGGAGCAGCUACUUCCCGGGAGAAAGAGACAGGCACAGGGAAUGGAGGAGAGGAGGGCCAGGGGCCAUGCCCUGCUCUGCCAGAGUCUGAAAUUCUGCUCCUCCCUAGGACCCACUGACAUCCCAGCCUUGGCUCUGCCCACUUCUCGGACCACAGACAUCAUUGAUGAAUACAUUAAAGAGAAUGGCUUCCGUCUGGAACGGGCCCCGUCUGGGGAGGGAGGCCUCCGGCUGGUCCCUCGGGGCCCGGCCUCCCUGAGCACCGUGACUCUGGGGUGCCCGCCUCCCCCGCCCCCACUCCCGCCAGCCUGGCCUGGCCCUCGGCCCCACCUGGUCAUCACAGAGCAGCCCAAGCAGAGGGGCAUGCGCUUCCGCUAUGAGUGUGAAGGCCGCUCCGCUGGGAGCAUCCUUGGGGAGAAAAGCACAGAGGCCAGCAAGACCCUGCCAGCCAUCGAGCUCCGGGACUUCGGGGGCAUCCGGGAAGUGGAAGUCACGGCCUGCCUGGUGUGGAAGGACUGGCCCCACCGAGUUCACCCCCACGGCCUCGUGGGCAAGGACUGUUCCGACGGCAUCUGCCGCGUCCGGCUGCGGCCUCACAUCAGCCCCCGGCACAGCUUCAACAAUUUGGGGAUUCAGUGUGUCCGCAAGCGGGAGAUUGAAGCUGCCAUUGAAAGGAAGAUUCAGCUUGGAAUCGACCCCUACAAUGCUGGCUCCCUUAAGAACCAUCAGGAAGUGGACAUGAAUGUUGUGAGAAUCUGCUUCCUGGCCUCCUACCGAGACCCCCAGGGCCAGGUCCGGAGGCUGGACCCUGUGCUCUCAGAGCCCGUGUACGACAAAAAGUCCACAAAUACAUCAGAACUAAGGAUUUGCCGAAUCAACAAGGAGAGCGGCCCCUGUACCGGAGGAGAGGAAUUGUAUCUGCUCUGUGACAAGGUGCAGAAAGAGGACAUCUCUGUGGUGUUCAGCACCGACUCCUGGGAAGGCCGGGCCGACUUCUCCCAGGCUGACGUGCACCGGCAGAUUGCCAUAGUGUUCAAGACUCCGCCCUACGAGGACUUGUCCAUCCCCGAGCCAGUCACCGUCAACGUGUUCUUACAGCGACUUACAGAUGGCGUGUGCAGCGAGCCCUUGCCCUUCACAUAUCUGCCUCUUGACCACGACAGCUACGGUGUGGACAAGAAGAGAAAGCGAGGCAUGCCAGACGUCCUGGGAGAGCUGAGCAGCUCAGAUCCCCACGGCAUCGAGAGCAAACGUCGGAAAAAGAAGCUGGUCUAUUUGGACCAUUUCAGCCCCGCGUCUAGUGCCGCUCUCCCUUUCCUCCCACCAGCUUCCCUGAUGACUGAGCCGGAUUUCUUGCCAUCUGUGAACCUGCCCAGUCUGGAGCCCCCUGGUGGCACUGAUCUGCUGGACGACUACGGCUUACCCUACGAGCAAUCUUCUUCACACUUCUUCACCACCAUGUUGGACCUGAUCUCGGGGCCUGGUGUCGGGAGUGGGGCAGAUGGGGGGACCCCGGCAGAACCCCACAGCCCAGAACUGCUAACCCUGGACUCCUACCCGGCCUCAGGCUAUGCGGGAGAGGGCACCGCGAGCUUGGUGGGCAGCAAUAUGUUUCCCAACCAGUACCGGGAGGGGGCUUUUGGGGGGGGCGGCCUCCUCCCCCCGGGGCCUGAGGCCACAUAGCUGCUGGGCUGGGCGGAUGAUGGUGCCCAGGAGGAGCUCCCAGCCCUCCCCAGGGGAUGAUGGCUCCUCCUCUCCUCCCAGACUCUGCAGAUGGAAGGGCUCUCAUGCCUCACAUUCAUUGGUGGAGGCCUCGGAGGAGUCCAAAACCCUGGAUAGGAGGCUGUCCUAAAGUGGAGCUUAUGCCCAGCAACGGGCCUAGAUGACUAUUUCCAGCUCCCACCUGGACCGAACCAGGGCUCCCCACCUCUUCUAAGUUACUCUGUGCUGGAGAAGCUGCCAGAAACAGACAUUUCAUCUCCACAAGGUCCAACCUGUCCAGGGAUCUGAUUGGGUGGGAUUCUAAGAUAGCACUGCCUACCAAGUCCCUUCCUGUUGGCCUAGAGCAACAGCCCAUCUUGCCCUUAGCACAAGACAGUGAGCCACCCUGCCCCAUCUUAGCCAGGAGUCUGGAAAAUAACGGGAUUAGCCUGGAAGAGCUUCCCCUCUUGAAUCCAGGAUGAUCACUCUUCCCAGAAUAGGCAAACUCCCAUUGCCCUGACAAUUCAGCUCAACACUUUUUAAGUGCCUGCUCUGUGUCUUCUAGUAAGAAAACCUGCCUUCCUCCCCCCCCCUCCCCACCUAGGCCACCCAGCCCCAUCCCUAUCCCCUGAGGGCAACCCAAGCCCAUCCAUCAUGUCUAAGGAAAUGGCUGCUUCAGCUGCCAAGCCUUCUUUCCUGGGCUCUUCCUGAUGGGCCAAAGACUCCAGGUACCCCUUCCCACUCACAUAGCCCUGGAGAAGGAUGGGAAGCUGGAGAGGGAAUAGAACUGGGCUGGACUCUCAGAACGGGUCUAAACCCUUUGCCUUCCUUUCUCUUCCCAAUAAAGAUGUGUGAAUUUGUUUCUGG